UCUCUUUCAAACAGAAGAAAACCAUCCUUUAUCCAUGGCUGCUAGUUUAAGCUUUAUCGUCGGUGUUAUCGGCAAUAUAAUCUCCUUACUAGUUUUCACAUCACCCUUAUCAACAUUUCGAAAAAUAGUGAAGAACAAGUCAACAGAUAACUACAAAGGCCAUCCAUACAUAACAACACUUUUAAGCACAAGUUUAUGGACUUUUUACGGGCUUCUCAAGCCUGAUAUGCUCGUUAUAUCGGUUAAUGGGGUUGGUGCUGUUUUACAAUUCAUUUACGUGACUCUCUUCAUCGUUUAUGCCCCACGAAAUGUCAAGUUUAAGUCAUUGAAACUUGUUGGAGCAUUGAAUGUUGCCUUUAUGGGUUCGGUUAUAGCAGUUACUCUUUUUGCGUUUCAUGGCAAUUUGCGCGUAACAUUUGUUGGAUUCUUGUGUUCGGCAAUGACUAUAGGCAUGUAUGCCGCGCCUAUGACUGUUAUGAGGACUGUGGUGAAGACGAAGAGCGUUGAGUAUAUGCCGUUCUUACUCUCAUUCUUCUUGUUCCUUAAUGCGAGUAUUUGGUCUGUUUAUGCGGUUCUAGUCAAAGAUUAUUUCAUUGGAGUGCCUAAUUGUAUAGGGUUUAUAUUGGGAUCAACUCAGCUUAUCCUUUACUCAAUCUACAAGAACAAAUCAUCAAAAUCCGAGGAAGACAAAGAGAGCGAUGGCUCAGCCAACCUUGUUAGAGGAACGGUUGAGAUGAAAGGUCUCAAAGAGAUCGGUUAUGCUAAACACGAAAACCCUAACCUUCACAAGGAAAUGAGUUUGCCUAAACCUACAAUCUCGAAACAACUCAGCUUGAAAAAACUAGUAAAGUCAUUAUCUUUCAAUGUUCCUGAUCAUUACUCAAAUUUAUCUCGUGACAUUGAAAAUGGAGAUGUAAAAGGAAGCCAGUAUUGAUUUACUAAGGGCUUAUGUAUAGUGAAAUUAUAUGUACAAUUAUUC